CCCCUGCCGGGAAGGUGAGUCACGCCAAACUGGGCGGAGAGUCUGCCCUCCUCUCUCAGUUGCUCAUCUGGGCGGCGGCGGCUGCUGCAACUGAGGACAGGGCGGGUGGCGCAUCUCGAGCGCGGAGGCAGGAGGAGAAGUCUUAUUGUUCCUGGAGCUGUCGCCUUUGCGGGUUCCUCGGCUUGGUUCGGCCAGCCCGGCCUCUGCCAGUCCUGCCCAACCCCCACAACCGCCCGCGGCUCUGAGGAGAAGUGGCCCGCGGCGGCAGUAGCUGCAGCAUCAUCGCCGACCAUGGAAGACAUAGACCAGUCGUCGCUGGUCUCCUCGUCCGCGGAUAGCCCGCCCCGGCCCCCGCCCGCUUUCAAGUACCAGUUCGUGACGGAGCCCGAGGACGAGGAGGACGAGGAAGACGAGGAGGAGGAGGAGGACGACGAGGACCUGGAGGAAUUGGAGGUGCUGGAGAGGAAGCCCGCAGCCGGGCUGUCCGCGGCUCCGGUGCCCCCCGCCGCCGCACCGCUGCUGGACUUCAGCAGCGACUCGGUGCCCCCCGCGCCCCGCGGGCCGCUGCCGGCCGCGCCCCCCACCGCCCCUGAGAGGCAGCCGUCCUGGGAACGCAGCCCCGCGGCGUCCGCGCCAUCCCUGCCGCCCGCUGCCGCAGUCCUGCCCUCCAAGCUCCCGGAGGACGACGAGCCUCCAGCGCGGCCUCCGGCGCCAGCCGGCGCGAGCCCCCUAGCGGAGCCCGCCGCGCCCCCUUCCACGCCGGCCGCGCCCAAGCGCAGGGGCUCGGGCUCAGUGGAUGAGACCCUUUUUGCUCUUCCUGCUGCAUCUGAGCCUGUGAUACCCUCCUCUGCAGAAAAAAUUAUGGAUUUGAAGGAGCAGCCAGGUAACACUGUUUCGUCUGGUCAAGAGGAUUUCCCAUCUGUCCUGUUUGAAACUGCUGCCUCUCUUCCUUCUCUAUCUCCUCUCUCAACUGUUUCUUUUAAAGAACACGGAUACCUUGGUAACUUAUCAGCAGUGGCAUCCACAGAAGGAACUAUUGAAGAAACUUUAAAUGAAGCUUCUAGAGAAUUGCCAGAGAGGGCAACAAAUCCAUUUGUAAAUAGAGAGUCAGCAGAGUUUUCAGUAUUAGAAUACUCAGAAAUGGGAUCAUCUUUCAAUGGCUCCCCAAAAGGAGAGUCAGCCAUGUUAGUAGAAAACACUAAGGAAGAAGUAAUUGUGAGGAGUAAAGACAAAGAGGAUUUAGUUUGUAGUGCAGCCCUUCAUAAUCCACAAGAGUCACCUGCGACCCUUACUAAAGUGGUUAAAGAAGACGGAGUUAUGUCUCCAGAAAAGACAAUGGACAUUUUUAAUGAAAUGAAAAUGUCAGUGGUAGCACCUGUGAGGGAAGAGUAUGCAGAUUUUAAGCCAUUUGAACAAGCAUGGGAAGUGAAAGAUACUUAUGAGGGAAGUAGGGAUGUGCUGGCUGCUAGAGCUAAUAUGGAAAGUAAAGUGGACAAAAAAUGCUUUGAAGAUAGCCUGGAGCAAAAAGGUCAUGGGAAGGAUAGUGAAAGCAGAAAUGAGAAUGCUUCUUUCCCCAGGACCCCAGAACUUGUGAAGGACGGCUCCAGAGCGUACAUCACCUGUGAUUCCUUUAGCUCAGCAACCGAGAGUACUGCAGCAAACAUUUUCCCUGUGCUAGAAGAUCACACUUCAGAAAACAAAACAGAUGAAAAAAAAAUAGAAGAAAGGAAGGCCCAAAUUAUAACAGAGAAGACUAGCCCCAAAACGUCAAAUCCUUUCCUUGUAGCAAUACAUGAUUCUGAGGCAGAUUAUGUCACAACAGAUAAUUUAUCAAAGGUGACUGAGGCAGUAGUGGCAACCAUGCCUGAAGGUCUAACGCCAGAUUUAGUUCAGGAAGCAUGUGAAAGUGAACUGAACGAAGCCACAGGUACAAAGAUUGCUUAUGAAACAAAAGUGGACUUGGUCCAGACAUCAGAAGCUAUACAAGAGUCAAUUUACCCCACAGCACAGCUUUGCCCAUCAUUUGAGGAAGCUGAAGCAACUCCGUCACCAGUUUUGCCUGAUAUUGUUAUGGAAGCGCCAUUAAAUUCUCUCCUUCCAAGCACUGGUGCUUCUGUAGCGCAGCCCAGUGCAUCCCCACUAGAAGUACCGUCUCCAGUUAGUUAUGACGGUAUAAAGCUUGAGCCUGAAAAUCCCCCACCAUAUGAAGAAGCCAUGAGUGUAGCACUAAAAACAUCGGACUCAAAGGAAGAAAUUAAAGAGCCUGAAAGUUUUAAUGCAGCUGCUCAGGAAGCAGAAGCUCCUUAUAUAUCCAUUGCAUGUGAUUUAAUUAAAGAAACAAAGCUCUCCACUGAGCCAAGUCCAGAGUUCUCUAAUUAUUCAGAAAUAGCAAAAUUUGAGAAGUCGGUGCCUGAUCACUGUGAGCUCGUGGAUGAUUCCUCACCCGAAUCUGAACCAGUUGACUUAUUUAGUGAUGAUUCAAUUCCUGAAGUCCCACAAACACAAGAGGAGGCUGUGAUGCUAAUGAAGGAGAGUCUCACUGAAGUGUCUGAGACAGUAACACAACACAAACAUAAGGAGAGACUUAGUGCUUCACCUCAGGAGGUAGGAAAGCCAUAUUUAGAGUCUUUUCAGCCCAAUUUACAUAUUACAAAAGAUGCUGCAUCUAAUGAAAUUCCAACAUUGACCAAAAAGGAGACAAUUUCUUUGCAAAUGGAAGAGUUUAAUACUGCAAUUUAUUCCAAUGAUGACUUACUUUCUUCUAAGGAAGACAAAAUGAAAGAAAGUGAAACAUUUUCCGAUUCAUCUCCCAUUGAGAUAAUAGAUGAGUUUCCCACAUUUGUCAGUGCUAAAGAUGAUUCUCCUAAGGAGUACACUGACCUAGAAGUAUCCAACAAAAGUGAAAUUGCUAAUGUCCAGAGCGGGGCCAAUUCGUUGCCUUGCUCAGAAUUGCCCUGUGACCUUUCUUUCAAGAAUACAUAUCCUAAAGAUGAAGCACAUGUCUCAGAUGAAUUCUCCAAAAGUAGGUCCAGUGUAUCUAAGGUGCCCUUAUUGCUUCCAAAUGUUUCUGCUUUGGAAUCUCAAAUAGAAAUGGGCAACAUAGUUAAACCCAAAGUACUUACGAAAGAAGCAGAGGAAAAACUUCCUUCUGAUACAGAGAAAGAGGACAGAUCCCUGACAGCUGUAUUGUCAGCAGAGCUGAAUAAAACUUCAGUUGUUGACCUCCUGUACUGGAGAGACAUUAAGAAGACUGGAGUGGUGUUUGGUGCCAGCUUAUUCCUGCUGCUGUCUCUGACAGUGUUCAGCAUUGUCAGUGUAACGGCCUACAUUGCCUUGGCCCUGCUCUCUGUGACUAUCAGCUUUAGGAUAUAUAAGGGUGUGAUCCAAGCUAUCCAGAAAUCAGAUGAAGGCCACCCAUUCAGGGCAUAUUUGGAAUCUGAAGUUGCCAUAUCAGAGGAAUUGGUUCAGAAAUAUAGUAAUUCUGCUCUUGGUCAUGUGAACAGCACAAUAAAAGAAUUGAGGCGUCUCUUCUUAGUUGAUGAUUUAGUUGAUUCCCUGAAGUUUGCAGUGUUGAUGUGGGUAUUUACUUACGUUGGUGCCUUGUUCAAUGGUUUGACACUACUGAUUUUAGCUCUGAUCUCACUCUUCAGUAUUCCUGUUAUAUAUGAACGGCAUCAGGCGCAGAUAGAUCAUUAUCUAGGACUUGCAAACAAGAGCGUUAAGGAUGCCAUGGCCAAAAUCCAAGCAAAAAUCCCUGGAUUGAAGCGCAAAGCAGAAUGAAAAGGCCCCAAACAGUAGACAUUCAUCUUUAAAGGGGACACUCCCUUGGUUACGGGGUGGGCGGGUCAGGGGUGAGCCCUGGGUGGCCGUGCAGUUUCAGUUAUUUUUAGCAGUGCACUGUUUGAGGAAAAAUUACCUGUCUUGACUUCCUGUGUUUAUCAUCUUAAGUAUUGUAAGCUGCUGUGUAUGGAUCUCAUUGUAGUCAUACUUGUUUUCCCCAGAUGAGGCACUUGGUGAAUAAAGGAUGCUGGGAAAACUGUGUGUUAUAUUCUGUUGCAGGUAGUCUGGCUGUAUUUGGAAAGUUGCAAAGAAGGUAGAUUUGGGGGCAGGAAAAACAACCCUUUUCACAGUGUACUGUGUUUGGUUGGUGUAAAACUGAUGCAGAUUUUUCUGAAAUGAGAUGUUUAGAUGAGCAUACUACUAAAGCAGAGUGGAAAAAUCUGUCUUUAUGGUAUGUUCUAGGUGUAUUGUGAUUUACUGUUAGAUUGCCAAUAUAAGUAAAUAUAGACAUAAUCUAUAUAUAGUGUUUCACAAAGCUUAGAUCUUUAACCUUGCAGCUGCCCCACAGUGCUUGACCUCUGAGUCAUUGGUUAUACAGUGUAGUCCCAAGCACAUAAACUAGGAAGAGAAUGUAUUUGUAGGAGCGCUACCACCUGUUUUCAAGAGAACAUAGAACUCCAACGUAACCGUCAUUUCAAAGAUUUACUGUAUGUAUAGUUGAUUUUGUGGACUGAAUUUAAUGCUUCCAAAUGUUUGCAGUUACCAAACAUUGUUAUGCAAGAAAUCAUAAAAUGAAGACUUAUACCAUUGUGUUUAAGCUGUAUUGAAUUAUCUGUGGAAUGCAUUGUGAACUGUAAAGCAAAGUAUCAAUAAAGCUUAUAGACUUACCUUUGUGUUUAGUGUUUUAGUUUCAUGAAUGCACAGCAAAAACACGGUGGUAGGCUUAGAGAGUGGACACAUGGUAACAUGCUUUUAGAAAGGUUUUAGUUCAUGAAACAGCUUAAGAACAAAGAAUAUAUUUACAUAGUGAGAUUUAUUUGACUCAUAACAAAAGGUUUUAAAUUAUUUUAUACUUUGAAAAUAAAUUCAUGCACCAAUAUUUUAACAGAAUACAGUGCAAGAUUUAUGAAUAUACAUAAAAUUACACCAUAUAAAUUUUACAAAUAAGACUUUCAAAGUCUUUAUAACAGACACUAUUGCUCUUCAAAUAUAUACAUAUAUCAUUGAUUAGUCAGUUGUUCAUCCACAUGGUUACUUAAUGCAAGAUCUGUCUGAAUGAAAUGUCAGUAGUACAAGACAGGCAGACACAGUGAUCACUCAGCAUCACCAGGUACAGAAAACAGAAUCAGGGCUGCAUAGGGCUCUACUGAGGACCCAGCAACCUGCUAGUGGGUUGAUGUAAGGCAUUAAUAAGUUGGCGUGUAAAAUAGCUUAAUGUGUAAUCUAAUUCUUUUAGAAUGCUGAAGCACUUCUGUGGUAAAUGUUGAUAAUCUAUUCUUUAACUGAAAAUGCUUAUUUCAACCUUUCUCUAAAAUGGCAACUUCAUAUAACUAGAAACUCAAGGUCUAGAAUUUUAGUGCACAGACUGGAAGGACUCGGUGGUGUGUGUACUCACGACUCCAACUCCCAUCAGCCUUCUUAACUAAUAGUCGUCAAGUCACAUUCUGUCCGACAACUGACUGGAGAAACUCAAAUACUCCUUACAGUGGGGAAUAUGUUCAAGAGGUUUUUAAAAAUCUGAAUUUACCCUGCAUUAAUCAUCUGAAAUGAGCAGAGCCAAGCCAGUCCUACCCAAGAGGGUGUAAACUAAACAGCAAGACAGCUCACUCGUCACACUGGAGCUUUCCCUGCUUUCCGUGUUGCUACUUUCUGUGGAGCUGGACUCUUCUUUGCUGCUCACCUUAUAACUGCUUUCCUAGAGCAGGACAUAGUGGUGAAUUUGCUAAUCCCAUAGCCCUCCUCAGUUUUGAAGUUUUAGCACCAUGUGAAGGAAGAAGACGACAUGGGAGGUGAGGCAGCAGCCCACACAACUGGGAACUUUGAAGGCACUUAAUGGAUAUAAAACUGCAAAUGAAACUUUUAAAAAUUAACAUUUUAAAACUUGUUUAUACAUGGCUCAUUUAGUUUUGAAAGCUAAAUGUGGCAAACAGGGUAUUUCUGUACUUAAGUGCUUCCAACUUACAUUGUGUCCAGUGAACAUUCUUAAAAUACAUAGAAACAGAAUAGCAAAACACCUUUGUAAAAGUCUUAAUGCAAAUUAAACGCUACAUAUUGGUUAGGGUAAUUGAGGAUGUAAAUUUUAUCUGUGGGCUACAUCAUCCCAAUUUUGCCGUUAGUGAAGUUACAAUAAGUAUAGGUUUUAGUCUCCAGAACAGAAGCAAACAG